AUGUUAGGUGUUGAUUGUUGUUUUUGUCAAUGGGGUGGAGAUGCGCGAACAUUUAUCAGCACUAAUCCUCUUAUUAAUUGGACUUAUAUCAGCGAAUUAGAUUAUUGUGCUGAUGGAAAAGCUUCACUAGAUCAUCUAGAUGGUCAGAAUAUCAAUCCAUGCUCACUUAAUGAUCCUUAUGGAACAAAUUUUACAGUUCCUGCGCAACAAUUCAAUGUAGCUACUUUACCGAUAUUAUCAGAAGAAACUUUAUACAUGUACUAUAGAGAAAGAUUUCGUUCGAGUUAUGAUGGAAUCAAAGGUCAUGAUUUUCAAGCUUGGAUACCAAUAGAAUUUAUGGAGAAUGAUAUUCCAAAACCUAUGAAAUUUUAUAAUAAUUUUACUCUUAAUAUUCAAUAG